GGAAAAAGGUUCUGAGGAGAUUGUGGUGAGGCAGUGUCAGAGGAAGGUGACUCGGAAGUACGGACGCGAACCGGCUGCCGUGCUGACCAUGUAUCCGACCAGAUACUAGCACCAAGUAUCUGGAGAGAGAGGGUGGGAUCCUAGCUUGUGUCGCCUGAGCAGUGAGGAGCAGAGGGACUAAGGUUUGGGCUGUGGGAGUAAGGAUUCCUGUCUAGGACAGAGAGACUACAGUCAUGGCAUCCAAACUCAAGGGCAGGCCUCCCAAGCAACCAGAGGUGACUCCUGAUCUGCCAUCUGAUGAUUUACAGCAGCUACAUGAAAAUAACCCAGGAAACAAUCCGGCCCUUGAAACUAGUGGGGAAAGCAGUUCUUCCCAUGAAACAGGUGGACCAACGCCAGGGCCUAGUAAGAAAUCUCUAAAUGAAAGGAAGAGGAGGUAUGUGCUGGAUGCAAGUAAAACUGUCCAAAACAUUGAGUGGAAAAUUGACCACUUCUUGAAAGCCCAGCAUGAGCGAAGACAGAGCCUUUAUCAGGACUAUUCUCAUAAGUUUUUGACUUCGGUUGUGAUGUGGAAUAUGGAUGUAGACCAAAUCAAGAAACAUGCUGAGAAACUCUCUGAUAUACUUCAUGAGCAACAAAAGCUUUUUCAACAAUUUCAAAGUAUUCAUAAGCAGAAAAUAGAAGAAUUUAAGGAGUUAUGUGAUCAACACUUGAAGAAUCUACAGGCUAUUAAGAGUUGUCGCCGAAAAGCUAUUGUUGAGGAAGUCAGAAAACAAAUGGACAACUUGGAAAGGAAACUUACUGAAGAAACUGUUCAUGUGAACCCACAGGAAGAAAAGGAGGGUGUUAAAUCAUCACUUCUAUCAUUGCUAUUCUCAUAAUACCUUGAAGAAAGAAGCUCAGCCACCAUGAAUGAUUUCAUGACAUGAUUAUUUUCUAAAUCUAUGGUGACAUGACACUGCAAUUGUAGUGAUUAUAAAUUCCUUGAUCAAAUCUCUGAGGUGUCAGGAAAAAGCUUUACUGAGAAUGUUCUGUUUUUGAAAGUUAUUGAAAUUUCAUGUCGUAUGUGAUCAUCAGGGAUAUACGAGGUCUCCUGUACAGUUAAAGCUCGUGUCCUGUGAUUUCCUGUAUGUAUACCCUGGGAAAUCUUUACUUGGGAACAUUUGAUUCAAUAAACAUGAAAUUGUUUCAGA